UUGGAUUCUCAUUCUCAGUUCAAUUCAACUCUCAGAGGCAGAGCAUUCAUUUCCCUCCCCGUUUCUUUACAUAAAGAGAGAGAGAGAGAGAGCUUUACAGAAAAGAAGGAAAGAGCGCAAGGCCAAGGGUUUGACCUCUAUAAUUCCUUCUGGAUCCGUCCAAAUCUCAUUAUAUAUAUAUAUAUAUCGGUGGAGAGAGAGUGAGAGAGAAAGAGGGAGAGAAUUCUUCUCUUCUCUUCAAUCCCUAGUUUGAGAGAGAGAGAGUCGGAGACUCGGAGGGAUGGGGAUUCUGUACGCUCUGGUGGCGAGGGGAUCGGUGGUGCUGGCGGAGCACAGCGCGGCGUCCACCAACGCCAGCGCGAUCGCGCGGCAGAUACUGGAGAAGAUCAGCGGCACCAACGACACCAACGUCUCCUACUCUCAGGAUCGCUACAUCUUCCACGUCAAGCGCACCGAUGGCCUCACCGUCCUCUGCAUGGCCGACGAUGCCUCCGGAAGGAGAAUUCCUUUUGCAUUUCUUGAAGACAUCCAUCAGAGAUUUGUGAGGACUUAUGGUCGGGCAGUCCUUUCAGCCCAGGCAUAUGCCAUGAAUGAUGAAUUUUCAAGGGUUUUGAGCCAACAAAUUGAGUAUUACUCUAGUGACCCAAAUGCUGACAGAAUUAAUCGAUUAAAAGGUGAAAUGAGCCAGGUGCGCAAUGUCAUGAUAGAGAACAUCGAUAAAGUUCUAGAGAGGGGUGACCGCUUGGAAUUGCUGGUUGACAAAACUGCCAAUAUGCAAGGAAACACUUUUCGGUUCAGAAAGCAAGCUCGCCGUUUCAGAAGCACUGUAUGGUGGAGAAAUGUUAAACUCACGGUCGCACUAAUAGUCCUGCUUCUGGUCAUUGUUUAUAUUGUGCUGGCCUUUGUUUGCCAUGGCCCAUUGUUGCCUUCCUGCCUGUAGUGAGAGAGUCGGUCAAUCUGUUCCUUUGCUUUUGAAGAUGCCGGUUUUUUCUGUAUGUUCGUCUUCCUUGGAUUCUUGUGCGGGAACAAACUUGCUUGCUUGUUUUUCAGUUAUGGAAAUUUGUUCCUUUUCAGCUCGUUCCUUUGUUGAUAAUUUGCCUCAAACAGUGGAUAUUUAUAGAAAUUUUCUGGUGCAAAAUCAACAUCUGUCUAGAUUUUUGUC